GUCGUACCGGUCAUCGCUCGACGUACCCCUUUGAUAACAUCUGGAUAACACAGUCAAACCCAUCUCAUCCAAUGGGUCGAGUCCAGAACCUCACGAGAUGAAUAUCCCCCCGACACCUGGCGGCUUGUCAAGAGAGACGUCGGCCGGGGUCAUCAAGCACUCUCAGCUCGCUACUUCGAGUAUCAGCGCUGCCGAGCUAUCCUCCCAUGCGCCUACUUUCCCUCCUCAGGCCCAUGUCACUAGGCGUAAUACCUCGGCCGGGUCGCAGAACCACGUUCAUGCGCCUCAGCCUCAGCGGACUCCGUCAUCGAAACCGAUCAUGCUGGGACACGGGGGAGAGAAGAAAUCGUUCUUGCACAAGAUGCUGCAUAUGGGGGAAGACAAGAAAGAGCGUGCCGCGAGGGAACGUCUCGAGCAUUCUGAGAGUCAUCACGGGAACGGCAUGAGGGUCGAGUUGCCCGACCGAAAGCCCAACGGCUUUGGGACCCCCGGUGCUCGAGAUUCGCCUCCUGGCAGUCCCGGCCCUAUCAGUCCCGGAUACAGCGAUGGCGAUCACGGUUCGCAACCGGGCUCUAAACCUCCUAGCCGACAUCCAAGCGUUAAGAGGCAGAACAGCUGGAAGAACCACGACGAUCCUCACGCACAAGGGCCUACCGACAAGAACAGUCAUUUGGCCAACGCGACGCCCUCGAGGCCUGGUUCCGAGCGCAGUCCUUCCCGUGGGCCUUCUGUUCGGGCCCCGAGCGUCAAAGAGGGCGAUAACGGUGGUACCAAAUUCAAAUUGAGCGAUCUCUUGGGAUCGGGACCGAAGCUCGCUAGGAAAGCCUCGGCUGCCGGUUCUGCCAAGGGGAGCGAAAAGGGUAGUACCAAGGGAAGCGAGAAGGGUGACAAUGUCAGCACCGCCAGCUUGUUCAAGAAAUACGGAGUUUGUGAAAAGGCCGCUAUCGGUCGAGGUGCGACUGCCGUCGUCAAGCUCGCUCACAAGUGGGAUCGAUCGGAAGAGAAACUCUAUGCCGUCAAGGAAUUCCGUAAACGACGCAAGAACGAAUCCGAGAAGGAAUACGUCAAGAAGCUUACUUCAGAGUUUUGCAUCUCUUCGACCUUGCACCAUACCAACGUCGUCGAGUGCUGUUUCAAGCAGAUUCUCAAGGGAGUCGAGUAUCUUCACUCUAUGGGUGUCGCUCAUCGGGAUAUCAAGCCCGAGAACCUGUUGCUUGACGGCCGAGGUCACAUCAAGAUCACCGACUUUGGUGUCUCCGACGUCUUCAGGAUGUGUUGGGAAAAGAAGACCCACUUGAGUAAAGGGCUGUGUGGGAGUGAACCUUAUAUCGCGCCCGAACAAUUCGAGCAGAAGGAAUACGACGCCCGUGCGGUCGAUAUUUGGGCCUGUGCCAUCGUCUUUUACUGCAUGCAGUUCCAAGAGAUCCCCUGGAGGAUCGCCAAGAACCCUUCCGAUUCUUCUUACGCUCAAUACGUCAAUCAAUACGCUCAAUCCUCGGCUCCUCAACCUUUGCACAACCUGAUGCCCAAGGAGUGUCACUCGAUCUUGAAAAAGAUGCUGAACCCGGAUCCCAAGAUGAGGCCUUCGGUAGAGGACGUCUUGAAGGAUGAAUGGGUCGUACAGAUCGAGCAAUGCAAGGACGGAAAGUCGAAGAACGGGCACACGCACGAGGGCGCGCCGUACGUCCUCUCGUAGGGAGGAUGCGAGGGCGUAGUGAGAUGCGAUCAAGAUUACGAGGUUUCCAUAGAUCCCCAAUCAGAUUACAAGAGGGGAGGGAGGGAGGCGGGCACGAUACUGCUUUCCUUUGGAAUCCUCGCGCCGCUACUGACGAAACGCAGAGGGGAGAUCAGGCUCCGAACGAGCUAGAGGCAAAGAUGGCAGGAUAAGGACGACCCGACGGUGUCGAUCCGGCCUGCUUCGACGGG